CCCGCUCUGCGCUGCUGACGUCACCGAUGCAUGUCUGUGGUGGUCUACUUCGGUAACCUGCGAGCAGCGUUAUCGGCAAGGAAGGCGUUCGGCGGCAGCGCGACUCCCGACUGUUUGUCUCCGAAGGCAAGCCUCUUCGAUGGCCGACCAGCCCGAGCGACUCAACAUAGACAAUGUGCUCCAAAGGUUGCUAGAAGUCAGAGGCUCGCGGCCGGGCAAGAACGUGCAGCUGUCUGAGAACGAGAUUCGCGGCCUUUGCUUGAAGGGGCGUGAGGUGUUCCUGUCACAGCCCAUCCUGCUGGAGCUGGAGGCCCCACUCAAGAUCUGCGGCGACACCCAUGGCCAGUACUACGAUCUGCUCCGGCUGUUCGAGUAUGGGGGCUUCCCGCCCGAGAGUAACUACCUCUUCCUGGGCGAUUACGUGGACCGGGGACGACACUCACUCGAGACCAUCAGCCUACUCCUCGCUUACAAGAUCAAGUACCCGGAGAACUUCUUCAUUCUGCGCGGAAAUCAUGAGUGUGCCUCCAUCAACCGCAUCUACGGCUUCUACGAUGAGUGCAAAAGGAGGUACAACAUCAAGCUGUGGAAGACCUUCACGGACUGCUUUAACUGCUUACCGGUGGCUGCCAUAGUGGACGAGAAAAUUUUCUGCAUGCACGGAGGUCUGAGCCCGGACCUGCAGUCGAUGGAGCAGGUGCGGCGGAUAAUGCGCCCAACGGACGUGCCCGACCAGGGCCUGCUGUGUGACCUGCUGUGGUCUGAUCCCGACAAGGACAUCAUGGGUUGGGGCGAGAAUGACCGUGGCGUCUCUUUCACCUUUGGCGCUGACGUAGUCGCCAAGUUUCUGCACAAGCACGACCUCGAUCUCAUCUGCAGGGCGCACCAGGUGGUGGAGGAUGGCUACGAGUUCUUUGCCAAGCGACAACUGGUGACGCUCUUCUCAGCACCCAACUACUGUGGCGAGUUCGACAAUGCUGGUGCCAUGAUGAGCGUCGACGAGACCCUCAUGUGCUCAUUCCAGAUUUUGAAACCAGCCGACAAGAAGAAGUUUCCUUACGGCGGCAUUGCAGCAGGAGGGGCCAAGCCACCGGCACCACAGCGGGGACAGUGAACGGGUGCUCAAGACAGGGGAGGAAAAAAAGAAAGCCCGGCAACCCUGCCUUUGCGGGCGAAGGAAGGCUGCACCAGGCUUUUCUCUCUUUUUUUUUUUUCAACAAGACAACCGAUGCCUCUGGAGGAAGGUGGGUGAAAGAGGGAGACCACUACCGCAACAACGGACGCAACCAGAAAAGAGCUGCAGACUGCACCUGACCAGCACGCAACAGCACGAUGGGAGAGGGUAAAAAGGUCACGGGCACAAUGUGUGCGCAUCCUCCUCAGCUGCCGGACAGCAGGCUCUUAGAAAACGCCUCCCCACACCUCCCUCAUAUGCAGCUCUGAUGUGGCAAAAGGACUGAUCAUGCAUCCUAACCUCCCGACCCCUUGGUGUAUUUCGGGUUUUUCUUUUUUCUUUUUUUUUUUUUUUUUUAGUUUUGGUCAUUUGAGUGGCAGCUCUUGCUCCCGAGACAGAUGGAGUGUUUGCAAAGUGGCGUGCAUUGAGGAGGACCCUGUAACUCGCUGCUUUGGGUGCUUUAUUAUUUUUUUUACCAUCCGUCCCACAAAAACAGUUGUGCCUUCUUGCGAGGCAGUCUUUUCUUUUACAACAUGCAGGUUUCCUUUCCUCUCCCAGGCAUCUGUCUUUGCUACAGCACUGCCCCAGCUCGCUCAGUCUUCCCACUGCCUUCCUCCUCUGUCCACCCUCUCCACCUCCCUUGCACCAGGUGUGAUGAGCGCCACUUAGAUGAUGGCUCCCGGCUGCUCUCCCCCAUCUCGGCAAUUCUCUCUGUCCCCAUUGCUUUUCUUUUUUCCCAUGCUUGUUCCCACUGUCUUUUUUUCUUUUUCCCUCCUAUUAUUUACGUCUCGCACUGUUGCUCAUGACAAUAAAGUGUGGUUUCAUGCGCUGGGGAGAUUACUGUAGAAGAUAGGAGAUAUCUGCACCUUGGUCAGGAACUGUGUGUUUGUGACCAGCGUGUCAAGAGCCAAGGAUUGGCAGCACAGAGCACUUAGACAGUGAUGCCUUUGCCUUCUUGCAAACCAAGUGCCAACCUUGUUUCCUGGCACGUUGGCCAUAACUGGAAAGUAACCCAGCUUUUCAUUUAUACUUGGUAAACUUCAGUGAUUUCCUGGUGUUAACAGCGUAAAACAUUGAAGGGACACGCAAUGAAAAGAUGACACCACAAGCGCUGAUGUUGUCAUCUUGCUGAACGAUUUACAUUGCUUGUCCAUUGUGUGGUUGGUCUGCAAUGCUGUUCUGCAGUUUAGCUUCUUGCAAGUAUAUUGAAGUUGCGCUGUCGCUGCUGUUUGCAUGUUUAUACAAAAGGGGUGGUAACAUUUUGUGUAAAGAAGUUAUCUUUGUGAUAUAAUGCUCUGUACAAUGUGGCAACUUGUAUAUUGUAUUCUUUAGUUUAAUUGCUUUUAUUUGAUUGAUUUGUUGAUUUUAUUUCCUACUAAGGUAGUCAGUUCCAGACUUCACAUUCCAAGAAAUGCAAUGUUUGAAACCUCGUUUAUUUUUACCUCUGUGGUUGCUUCAUUUUAGUGCUUGCUUCCUUUUAGUUAGACCUCAUGUGUGCUUUUAUUCGUGCCUGCUUGUUUUCUAUGGUUUCAGACAGGUUAAACUGUCACACCUAACUUCAACUGCAAAGCUCUUUAAAGACUAGCUGCAACAAAUGUUUUGGGCCGCUUAUAAAGCAUAGUUCCAGGUAUCGUAGAUAUAGAGUGUCCUCAGUGUAAAAUUUUACCUUUGAAACACGAGUGGAUGCCUUGCGAGUAGCUCAUAAAACUGGACUUCCUUGUUGCUGAAACUAACAAAAAGAAAGGCUGCCAUUGCCACUAGCUGGAGGUGACAUAUGACCCAAAGCUUCUAGGCAGGCGCUAGGGUUUGCCUGUAUAGUGCAUUAUGUCUGCCUACCACCAGGCGCAUGUGUUGCCUGCGUAGGGAUUACUUAAAGGCUGCUGUUCCGAAAAAUUGUACCGUUGUCAGCCCUGCCAAGGCUGCUUCUGUAGAAGACACUGCUCAUUUAUAACCAAUUUUGCCAAAGUGAAAUUUCGUUGCUUUUGGCCUUUAGGAACCCACUGGGUCUAUAUUGUAGCUUUGCGUUAGCUUUGGGUGGAUGAGAUUUUUUUUUUUUUUCCCAAUUAUACAUUUCUUUAGGCAGCUUCCGAGGCCAUUGUUGACCAUAACUCCAGAAACUUACUUAUGCACUGCUCUACGUGCCUCUUAUUAUUUUCGUUACUUGAGUGCUCUGGAAAAAAAAAAACACGAAAAAGAACAAGCUUUCUGUGCUAGUGCCAAAAAAGAAAGGAAAUCUUAUUGAAUGUGUUUACAUUGUCCUUGUGUAACAUGCUGUCAAGCAACUGUUGUCCUUGCUAUUGUUGCAAUUUCUUGUUAGCUUUUCUUUUUUUUUUACCUAUGUUUCGAGAAAGUUUGAUACAAACAAUAGUCAAGCUUUGCUUACACUUACCCAUGAAAUUCGACACACAGUUUUUUGGGGGGAAUAACUGCUGUUCCAGGCUCCAUACAAGCUAUUCUUUGAAAAAGGCAUCAAUAGAAGGCAUGUCAAGACUGCUCCCGCAGCCUGUGCAAAGGGAAUUUCCUAAGAACCUUUUAUUCUGUAUUCUACUAGGGCAGUGGAAGAUUAGAAAGAUUUAACUUGUGCUGCAAGCUUUUUACCAUUUGUGGUUUACCGAGUCGCCCUAGCGCUGUACGCUGGUAGCAAUAUCUUCCAAUGCUUCUUCUAACUAAAAUGUCUUAUAGACGUCUUUGUGUUCCAUGUGUGUUCUUGUUGAAAAGACGCUUUAAAAAUGGCAAUAUGAUGAUUACGCUGCUGCUACCCCAGCAGCAAAGUAGAAAACACUUGGCUACUGCAAUAAUGGCUCGCUGUUUAACUCGUUGACCUCUUCGCUACCAACCUGGCCGCUCACGUUUGCACCUCCAGUAAUCUGCAAAUGGUAAGAAGUUUGCAGUCCAAACCCGUCUGCAUGGUUUUUGUUGUUGUUAUCCGGCGCUCCCUAUGUGCGCUGGCGAUAUGCGCGUUCAUUUUAAGGCAACAAAUCGGACACCGAGGGCACAUACAUUUUUUGAUUGUAUAGGCAAAUUUUUUGUUGCAGUCUUCGCUGUAAAGGCUCUGGUAAUGCAUACGAAAGAUGCGAAUUGGGGCGGGACAUUUGGAAUUUUCAGGUGUACAGGUAAUUUCAUAUUGGAGGUGUUGGUUGCAUAGGUAUUUGACUGUAUUGGUGGGCUUUGUAUUAGAUGGAGAAUGAUAGAUCUUCAGACUGGCCUCGCUUUCUCAUGUGAAAAGAAUUUCAGUAGCAUUUGUUAGGCCUUCAUAAGGCCAGCCAGUCUAGUGAUGCUUUCUUUUUUUUUUUGUCCUUUCAGUGCAAGCAAAUUAAGUGUGUCUUCCCAUGAGCAUAUCAUGAGCAUGAGCAGGUGUGAUGAGUAGGUCAAUGUGCUUCUUUUCUCAUCUGUCGUGCUAGUGGUGUUCUGCGUAGGGGUCUUUCUUCAUUAUCAUGGCAACAUGCCUGGGGAGGGCUGCAAUGAAGCUCUAGAAUGAGUUGGUAGAAUUUAAAUACCUAUGUGAGGUUGAAUGUUCAACUUAAGGCCUUGUCACAUUUUUUCCUUCUGUAUUUGAGGCUAUCACAUAUGUAGAAGAAAUGGUAGCUUAAAAUUACAGCCUACCAAACAGGCAUGCAGUCAUGUUUUAUUCAAUCGAACCAGUAUCCAGUAUUGGUGUUCUUCUUGGUAUGAGUGUUUCUUUUUUUACUUAGCAUUUGUCAUUGCGGUAGUUAUUCUAUACUACAUUUUGGACCCUACAGAAAGUUAUUGCAUACAGUUGUUGCUUUAUUAGUUGAUCUUAUGUUGUGAAUGGGAGGUCCUGAUUUCUACUCCUUUGAGCGAAGUUGUAGUAGUAGCUGCCAGUAUAUUUUUCUGGUUGAUAUGCUGAUGUUUCAGCCAAAUGUUUGCACUAUCGCCAUUUGCCUGUGUGUAGGUUUGCAACCUUUGUCUCAUGCACACACAUACUCACAAAAAAAAAAAAAAAAAUAAGCAACUUGUGUGUGUACUACUUGUCAUGUUUGGAUAUGUAGUACAUGCAUUGUUCAGAAAAGGUAGUUGCACAUCGAGUUAAAGGUAAAAAAAAAAAGACAAGAAUGUUGUGACAGUUUUUGUUCAUCUUUAGAAUUUCUCCACAAUGGCCUUGUCUAAUAGUGCAGGAAAUAAAAAGAAUGCUGUAAGGGGUGAUGUGGGCGCAGCAGUUGAGGGGGCUAAAGUGCAAAACAAAUUGCUGCUGCACCUUUACAUUGGGUUAAUUUUACAAUGCACCAUUUGGUUAAAAUGUUAGGCCGAGGCAUGCUGGUCGUGAGCUUGAACUUGCAAACUGCAUCAAGAAAUCAGCUGUGUCACUUGAGCAGGUAGCAGCCCUAUUUAUUGGUGGGCUGUGCAGGUUCUAGGUAGGGAGCUUGUGGGGUAUCUGCAUUCAUCCAGCAUAAGAAUCUGUAGUUCACGUUAUUGACUCUCAUUUCCAUGAUGGUUGUUCCCAGGCAUGGCCCACCAUUUGGCUGAGGCAGUGUACGGAAAUAUGCUAGCUUCAUUGGCAGUCCUAGCAUUUGGAGCAACGUGUUUGCCGACACCUCAUGUCGAUUGAGCAAUGUGCUACAGUUUGAGACACUAACUUGGAGUGACAACUGCAAUUCGAGAUUGUGAAGCAGCAUUUUAAUGCGGUAGCGUUAAGGGCCCCGUGUCACAGAAAAAUCCGGCGUCGGUGUCCCGCACCUGCUGUUCGGCAUUGGACGUUGUUUCUGCAAAAAUAUUUUCGAACCACCUAUACCCAGGCCGCCCAUGUGGUACAAAAAAAGGUACUAAACUAGUUGAACAUCUCAAGCUGAAGUACGUAGAAAAAUCGUAAAGUAGGACUUGCAGCACACAACCUACAGACAUGAUAGUGUCAGAUUGUAAUUUUACUGUACGAGAAAACAUAAUUCUAUUAUGCGAAAACACAAAGAAACCCCUUUUCCAGCGCUUCUGCUAUUCAUAGAACGGCCAAGGCACUCGCCAUUUAUGCGCACCAGCAUUCGAGGGUCUUUGGGAGCCAUGGAGUGGCACACUCGGUUCCUUGCAAUACCUCCAGAUGGUGCUUGCCUCCACCGCCUCACGGCUGCGUUUCUACCAGAAAGCCUGCCUUCGUGCAUAGUAUUCGCGGCUAGCGUUUCCAGGUAAACAUUACGGUUACAUACGUUCCAGUUGCCGGGAAGCUUGAGAAGCAGUCGCAGAUCUUUGAAUGCUAUCUUGUUCCACUCUUGAAGGCGAAGCUCAAGCGUCCUUCAAAGUUUUUGUCCGACUCUCCUCUCUUGGCAUGCAAUAUCCAUACAUAAUUCACUUUGCAAUGUACAUCGUCUAGUUGUAGAGAGCCAUGGUUUCUUAGCCGCAGAUGCAGUCUUUGCUCUUCUCUUUAACAGAACCAGCAAAGCCACUUGUGCUGUUUUGACUGAUUGGCGCGUGUUGCUGGGAGUAAUGACGUUAGGCGUGGGGUCGCUGUCCCAGCUUUGCACGUCGAGGAAAAAAGGAGCACCAUCUAAAGUGUGCUAGUUCGGCACAGACGGUUAAGGCAUCAUAGCUCUGUGCGAGCAUUCCUGGACUUAUCUGCACUGGCAGUCUCCGACGUUGCGACCUUCAUGAGCAUCGAGCCGGAGUUGGCCACUUGUCGCUCACAUAUAGCAGCAAGCCAUGCAGGCCAAUGUAAAUAAGCUAUGUAGGAGGUAGGAGAUGAGGGUGACGUGCUUCCGCAAAUGCAAGGCAGUGUUACUGCUGCCUUUGCACCAAGGGCUACCACUGGCAGCUUUGUGUCUUUCAGGUGUUUUUCUCACUGUCUUGUCUUUAAUUUUCUUGCAUGAGCCGCCUUCGCAUCUUCUCGUUUCCGAGCCUUAAGAGCGCCUGUACGCAUCUUUACGAGCAGGUAGUGCUCUUGGUUCUUGGGUGGCACAAAACCACUGGAAGGCAGUUCACACGUCCAAGGUGGUCAGGGGAAGUUAAACCAACAAGGUUUGAAACAGUGUAGGUAUGUGUUGAGGUAACAGCUGAUACAGAAAUAGCAGAAAAUAAAAAAAGUCAUAAAGUAUACACUGUAUUCUGAUUCUGCUGUCACAGAAAUGCACAGAGGAUAUUUUUAUAAUAGCAGGAAAUUUAUUAGCCACAAGAGUUGCAUGUGCUGCCACUGUACAAAGUGCCGAUGCAAGUGCAACUUGUUUGUGGCAAUAAAACAUAUUCUUUGUAAAAUAUUUUGUGUCCUGUGCAUUUCUGCAAAAAGCACAUAAUUUUUAUGUUCAGUUUUACUUUUAACGCGAUAGCGUUAAGGGCCCCGUGUCACAGAAAAUCCGUCGUCAGCAUUCCCGCAUUGGACGUUGCUUCGGCAAAAAAUUUUCAAAUCAAUCAUGAACCACGCAUAUCCAACCACUCUUCUGCCACCAAAGUUGCUCCAUACCUUGUCUUUCAUUCUUUAUAAAGUUAUUUCUCUGAAUUUUGAGAAUGGCAGCUCACAAACAAAUGUAAUGGAAAACAAACGCCAACAACGCAUAUCCUUUAUGUUAGCUCUUCUCAGACUAAAGUAUUAAAAGUGCGAAACAAUAACAGGAGACCGACCCACGCAAGAGGCCACGUUUCUACCAGAAAGCUUGCCUUCGUGCAUAGCGUUUGCCUCCAGCGUUUCCCGGUAAGCGUUGCGGUUACAUAAGCUGCAGUUGCCAGGAAGCAUGAAAAGCAAUCGGGGGUCUUUGAAUGCUAUUGAGUUCCUUUCUUUUUCUCAUACUUUUGGAUCACCUAGUUUUUUAUUGUUUCACUUUCACUGUUCCUUGCUGUCUCGGUUGCGAGAGCUGGUUUUACUCCUCCAUAAUGGCUUGGUCUUGCCUUUGUUUGCCAACAGCACAAUCACCAAAAAAUUUGUGUGUCAUCAUUGUCUGCUAUAAGUGCAUUGGCACCAUCACUGUCAUGAGAACGUUACUUGAUGACAGUGUAAUCAUGCUCGCCAUGAAGCAAAGCAUGUAUGUUUGCACCUGUGCCGUGAACACAGUUUUUCAUCUGUGGUCACGUGACUCUGGUGUUAGUGUCAUUUUGUUCAUUUCUGUUUUUGCUCAUACCAGCAUACAUUAUCUUUGCAUCUCUUCUUAAUUGCCAUGACCAGACAGCUGUUGGCUUCGUGCUUUGUUGUUGUUGUUUUUUUACUAUGGGUGAGGAGGUAAGGUUAACCCUUAAAGGGGCUCCAGAAUGCUUUUUGAACAUUGUAAACAAACCCUCUUAGGGAGCCAGCCAAAUAUUAUUGUACUUGCAGUAGCAGGCCUAAAAUCAAAAGGCCCAAUACUAUUCAGCCUUCUGAAACUGCUGCCACCUUUUGUGCGUACCUUGCUAAGUAGCACAUCCCUAAGAACUAAACACAGAAAACGCCACCUACCAAGCAGUGGUGCCAACUGGCGGAUCAGAACGAUAACACUGCGUUCUCCUUACAUCAGCAGCUGGUCUAAAGCUCACUGCAAUGGCGGACAGAGUGUGAUAAGUGCUUCACAUAAGCACAGCUUUGAGUGCAGCAGAAACAAUGAAAAGUAAGAAAAGGACACAAGGGGAUGCCAAUGGCAGCGUCUCUUUGCCGACAGCUUUAGUUGUGCUGUUGGAAAAGAUUCUUGACACGAUGUCCCUGGCAUAAACACAUUUUAUGCCUUUUCACAAAUAGUGUUGCAGGGCCCAGGAAUAACAAACUGACAUUACUUCCGGAAACUCUUUGUUCAGAAAGGGCACGAACUUCCAAUAAUUCAUUCUUCGAUGUAAUUAUCCCAAGGCUCAACCUCGUCUUCCUGGCUCCUACAACUCCCUCUCUGCACCACAAAAUAUGGCAUCUGCUUCUCUCAAAGCUACGCGGCAGAAAUCUUCAGCUUGCACAGCUUGUGGGAAUCUCUUGCCUCCUCUCUCUCCCUCACAGCCUUCUUUUUUUUUUUUUUAUUUUUUUUUUAUACUGGAUCAGUGGUGAGGCUUGUGCUUAUGAUUGCUGGACUCCUUAACUUGCUUUUUGGUUUUGCAUUUCAUUUGUUAAGCAUUUUCUCAAGUACCGGGCUCCUAUGUAAUUCAAAGAAGUCUAUGUUGGUUUUAGUUACGAGUAUUUCUUGCAGCAUUCAUUGCGGAUAGUAGUGCUGCUUGUUCAAUGCAGCACUGCUGGCUGCUAGAAAAAAAAGCAGGUUAAUAUCACUGUCCCAACACUGUGAGGCUCAAGCUGUCGUGCAAAGGUUCUGCUGCACUGCUGUAAUUUUUAGAGCGGGGAUCAAAGAAAAGCAAAUCUAUGCAAUAUGCAUGCAACUUGACAACUUCACCAGUCUUUAUAUUCUUCGCGGAAGGCAAGCGAGUGCGUAUAGCACAGUACGGGUUUGAUUCGGUUGUCUUUGCCUGGCACAUUUCACAAGUAGCUGACAGUUCUUCUCGGAACUCCGCAAAACUUACUUAGGUUCAUUGUAUCAUAUUUCAUUCCGUCCCCCAUUACCCAGCCAUUUGUCUGCAUGUUCAGUAGCUCUGUACAUAGGCAUUGUGUAAACAUGCGAAGUGCCGGUGCUUAAAGACUCCCUUACACAAACUGAUGUGAUCACCGCAAGGAAAUUGGGAGGCUGUUGUCCCCAGUCAACUGCUUUUGGGGGAUACUUGUUAAAGCAAGGUGUCAAACCAGUCGUGACAUGUCGUCGAGGGUGAUGUCUCUCUGUAGUGGUGGGAAGCAUACACUGCAGUAGGAAGCUUUACUAUGCGAAAAUAACCGAUGGCAGCUGGGCUUUGUAACAUCUAGUUAUGCCAGCUCUUUAGUCAGUCGGCGUGCAUUGGAAGUGAGAGCCUUUAAAGUGAUUCGUUUGUAAUACAGCUCCAGUCUGUAGUGCUGGCUCUCCUGAAGGCGUGUUGUGCAAGGAUCUCUGGGAUGGUGAAAAGUUCUUGCACAGUGAAUUUCGUGAAAUUGAUUGCUUUGGUGAUUUCUGUGCAGUGCAAAACGCUGCUGAUGUUGGCUCUCAUAGUUAAGCUGUUUUGUUUGUGGCUGAAAUGAUGGCUAUUCGUAAAUCAUACUUAAUGUCCAGUGCUGUGGAAGCUGAGCAAGUAGUACGGUCACAAAAUGAUUGUAUCAGCCAGAGCGUUUGAUGAUGUAGGGUUGGGGGUGGGGCGGGGGAGGUGUAGUGCAAUCUCAGUUUGACGGCCCAUGUGGCCAAACUUUUCACGAAUCUGAACAAAAUUUCUUAAAUGUGAAAUUCUGGGGGCACCUUGUGAGCAUGACCAAAAGCACGUGCUACUUCGUAAUGCAGGCGCAGGCAAGAGCCAAACCUCAACUUAGUCCAACGUCUCCUCAAGUAGUACUGCUCACGUCAGUUGCGCUGUAGCUGCACCAUUGGAAAGGACAUAACCACCCUAAGCUACUGCUUAUAGCACACAUCUUGCACAAGUGCCGAAAGAUUUCAACAUCAGGACGGCUCGGCUGCCAAAUAAGAGAUUGCCAGUUGCCAUCAGCUGCAAGGCAUUUAUCAAUACAAGAAAAAUUAUAUGUGAGCAAAAGUGAAGCAGUACAAAAGACAUUGUCUGUGUAAUAACAUUAUUGACUACAUCAUCUAAUGUAGUCUUGUUUGCUUCGAACAUGUAACUUUCUUUUAUUUGUGAGUGGGAGGCGUUGCAGAAAGCUUCACUCUAGCUUCCACAACAUUGCAUGUGAAGUGCGAGAGUUCCAGUGCGAGAAAAAGUGAUUGCAUAGAUGUUGUGCAUUUGUCAUCCCCACCUUUGCUCAUGUUUUCUUUUGCCAGUGUUCAUUUGUGUCAUGAAAUGACAGGUAGGCAAAGAUUUCGUGAGGCUUGGGUGUAUGCCCAGUUAUGUUACUCAAUGCUGGUCGUGUAGACCUUUCUGGAUGGUUUGUAAACUAGCUCAUAAUGCCUUUUGUUCUUGCUAGUUUCCUAGAGUGCUGUCACUGUGCAGGUAUUGUUGGCAGGCAAUGUGUUUCUGGUGUCAUACCGCAGCAGUGACAGUUGUUGGGCAGCAUGUGCUCAUCUGCCAACAAGACGAUGGUCUGCCCAUGGUAUUUGCAGAUGCUUUCGCUUGGCAGGGAAGUGGCAAACAGCAGGAGUGUGUGUGUGUGUCGGUCUUCAGUUACUGCUCCAAGAAUUUGUCGAAGCAGAAAAUUUGGACAAGUUGGUAGGGUCUCGUCAUACUGCAUAGCACAAUAAAAAAGAAGACAGCACAAACAGAACACAGUCAUGUGUCGUGUGCCUCCAUUGUGCUUCUGCUCCGGAUUUUUCUUUUUUUUUGAUACGCUUAGAAAAAUCAGUGCAUGCAGUCAUUUCUUGUAAUUGCAAGUUGGCCUGCAAGAACCAAGCAUAAAUGGCCUCUUUAUUUACACUCUGAAUUUUUCUAGAUAUCGAGUGGACACUUGCUCAAAGCAUGUGUCAGUUUCACCCCUCUUGUGAAGUUCUCGGUCCUCUGCUAUUGGAAGAGUCCUUGUAGAAAGAAAAUUGUGUGUAGAUGGACGGCUGCUUUGCUUGUAAGCAUCAUAUGCAGUGUCCAACUUCUGGCUGGGAAAUGGGAGCAAAGGUAAUGUGACGAUGCCUGACUAGACCACCUGUGUACCUGUUUUCACUUCUCUGUUGAUGUUCCCUUGCACAAAAAGUGUGACGUCUUGUACGAGUGUGUACAGCAUGGUACUCUUAACAGCUAUUUCAUGCUCAUUGAGGGUUUUUUUUUUUUUCAUACUUGCAGGGUGUCAAGUAGGAAUCUUAAGUAGAUUGUGGUAAUCCAGUUAUUCUUUAUGGUGAAUUUUUCUUAGGAUGUGAGAAACUGGCUUUGUUUCAUGGUGAGAUGGUUUAAGAUGUGCGCGUCUAUAAAUACAUAGCCAUAUAUUUAUACAUCUCUAUACUGUGUAUACAUACAUAUAUAUAUAUAAUGUACAGAGUAGAAUACGUCAGCAAAUGCAUUGUAAACUUUUCAUGCAGCGAACCUUCUAAGGAAGUGAAAAAAAAGCAAAAACAAAAUGGGCUGUCAAUGCUGCAUUGUGCUUGCAUGGUGAUGAUUGAACUUGCCAUUUGCAAAUAAAUUAUUUGCAAGCGGUU